AUGGAUCAAGAUAUUGUCAAUGCUAUGGGAUUUCUUGCUCUUACAAAGCAAAGAUUACAAAAUAUGAGGGAUAAUGAAUUCGAAUCAUUAAUGGAUGAUGCCUCUUCUUUUUAUGAUAAACAUGAUAUAGUCGUUCCGAAGAUCGAUGUUAGCUACUUUCAUGGGAAGUCAAAGCGUAAAGCUCUUGAUGUUACAUAUUCUCAUCAUUUGCGUGUUGAAAUAUUUUAUGUUGUUAUUGAUUUGCAUUUUCAAGAGCUUAAUAAUCGUUUUGAUGUUGUGAGUACUGACUUACUUCACGGUAUGGCUAGUUUGAAUCCAGUUAAUUCAUUUGGUAGUUUUGAUAAGGACAAGAUAAUGAGGUUGACUGAAUAUUAUAUGAAUGAGUUUGACAGCAACAAGCUUCGGGAUCUCAGUUUUCAGCUUGAUAGCUUUAUAGUUUAUGCUUGUGGUUUUGACAAGAGGUUCUUCAACUUGAAAGGAAUUAGUGAUCUUGCUAAAUUGACUCUCAUUCUUUCCGUUGUUACUACUUCUGUGGAACGAACUGUCUCAUCCAUGAAGUACAUUAAAAAUGAACUUCGUAAUAGUAUUGGUGAUGAAUUUUUGAAUGGUUGUUUAGUUUGCUAUGUAGAGCGUAAGAUAUUCGCAAAUGUUUAUGUUAAAGGAAGUGAGCACCCACAACCUUUAAAUCCUGGAUCCGCCACUGUCCAUGUCCAACAUGAUAUGACAUAG